AUGUCGAAGCAAGGCGCUCGUCAGCGCGAUCGACUGGUAGACAGGCUUUCAGAGCAGUAUUCAUCUUCCAAAUCUGGCUCUUCGUCGUCCGGAUUUACACGAAGAACCACUCGGAGAAAAAGCGUGUCGAGAGAAAUUGGUCAAAACCCGAAUGAUGGGAUCAAGCAGAAUAAGAAAGAAGGUUUUAAGAAAGCAGAGAGAAUAAAGCAAACUCCUUUACUUGACAAAGAUGUUGUGGAGACAGUAUAUAGUGCAAUGACCGGGCAAGUGCAGCGGUAUGCUAGUCGUUUUUGGCUUGAGCAAUUUGCUAAAUACGAGGAAGCGAAAUGUCCCGGAUCGCUUAAGACGGACAAGUUUGUGAGAUGCCUGAAUAAAUUAGGCAUCAAAUUUGAUAAAAGUGAACAGUAUGAGGCUCUCGCAGACUGUUUCAGAGUAAGCGGGGUAGAAAGAAUUGACAGUGACGGUGAUAACUCUAACCAGAAGGACAAAUCAACACAACUCGUCGAUUACAGUGCUUUUGUUGAUUUUGCUUGUAAUGUUCGGGAUUCGACAAAAUUGAGUGAAAUUGCAACAUCAAUGCGAAAAAGUAUAUCACAAUACGACGGUAAAAAACAGUCUUCGACUUCCUAUAAUAUGGCAACUGGUCUUGAAAAGCUCGACCGACACAAAAGAGGGUGGAUCACUUCAACACAGUUCAAGCGGGCUUUGCAGCGUGAAGAUCAAGGCCCACAAAUUCGCCUAUCCAAGAUGCAAAUAAAUAUGCUUGUAGAUCGAUUUGAAUACGAGUAUGAAAAUCAGCAACUAGGUAUUGACUAUUUGCAAUUUGCACGAUGGCUACAACCACUUCUUCAUCUUGAAUUGAAAAGUGUUCAUGAACGACUAAGAAUGCUCAUUGAAGAUGCACGCCUAAAGCAAGGCUGGAGUCUAGACGAGGUAUUUAGAGCUAUGGACGUUGACAAAGAUGGAGCCAUUGAUGAAGUCGAGCUGAAGGAAGCUCUUUUGGACAUGGGCUUACCACUAACAGACGCACAGAUUCGGUGCUUGGCCGACGAGUAUGACGUCGAUGGAGACGGCAAGAUACAAUGCAAAGAAUUUUUCUCAUUGUUUGCGUAUUCUGGUAAAAGUCAAGCUAGGACUCUAAAAAGACGAAAUGAUGACUUCAGUGACAUGGAAAGCAACAUGAUGUUAGACACAAAAAAGAGAGACAGGCAGAAGCGAAAUGUCCGUAAUUCGUUUAGCUGGGGUAUUAACAAGGCGUUUGCGCGAAAGCAAGCAUCAAAGAACAACAGAAAAAAGAGCCUGACUGACAAAAACUCAGCUAAAGAUGAAGACUUGGAGCUCUCAGAGGACACCAGUAGUGAAAUCGUGAGUCAAAGGAGGUCUGAGAGGAAGCAAAAAAGACUUUAUAGUACCGUUGACGAAGCAAUUGCUGACAGAGGAAUGAAGCAAAGACAUCUUCAAGAGGAAUCAAAUUCGUCAGACGAGGGCAAAAAGAAUAGUAGUUUAACCUCAGACGACCAAAGACAGCGGACAUUCACAGCAAAAAGCAUACGCAAAGGGAAUAGGAAACGAGCCGUUCAGCUAUCCUCAACCGAAAGUGAGCAAGAGGAUACAUAUCACAAGCAGAGAAGGACCCGGGCACACAGAACAAAGCGUAAUGACAGGAAAAGGUCGGCAACAUCUGAAAGUGACGACAAAACCAGAGAUCAAAAGAGCGGUAGCCUUAACACCCGUACGUUUAAUUCAUCCAAAAAACCUGGUAUGAAGAGCACCGACAGAAAAAAACAAGAUUUGCCAAAAAGCGUCCACAGCCAAAGUUUGGCUUUAAAGUCGCAAGAUCGAUCUCGCAGCCGCCGAAAACCGCCUCACAGGCAGACAACCCAUCUUCAUCGUUCGACGUCAAGUUUACAUCGAAGGCGUCAGACCAGUCCAUCUCGACCGGUGCGGCGGACAAGUAUGAUUUUAUCUGGUAGCGAUGCUGGUGGCAGCUCAGACAUAUCAAAUGAUAGAUUUGACUCGUCGUCCGGUCUGGAUGUUGCUCAACUGCGCCAUCGUCAGAAAGCAAAAGGCUUACGCAAAAUCCACCGCAAUAGUCAUGCCAAACAUACGCAAAAUAACACAGAAAAAAAAUCAGAUGAAUAUACCAUCAAAGAUAGCUUUGACAAUAAUACCGACUUAUACGAAGGAGAAGAAAGGAGUCUAUCGGAUGAAGAAUAUCAUAAACAUUUAAAGCGCUCUCUUCGCCGAGCAUUCGACUUCUUUGACUUAGACCAGACGUCCACGAUUGACAAGCGCGAGCUUGGUCACGUUUUACGAGCUUUGGGCCAUGAGUUUACAUCGAAAGAACUUGAAGUAGAGAUGGCGAACGCUGACUUGGAUCGAAAUGGGCAGCUUGACUUUUACGAAUUUGUUACAUUCGUCAAGAGUCAAAUCGCUCAGAAAACAUAUCUACUAUCACGACAACGCGAAAUGGAGAUCCGCCAAUCCUUCCAGUCGCUCGAUACCGAUAAGAAUGGGUCGUUGAACGAGCAGGAGUUUGAAUAUCUCAUUUAUAAGGUACUACAAGUAGAAUUGUCGAUCGAGGAGCAAAACGCACUUCUGGAUUUUAUCGAUAAGGAUGCUGAUGGUGUGAUUAGCGAAGAAGAGUUUAUUGUAUUUCUUAGGAAGCUAGAAACCUUGUAUUGCAAGUACAGCCAAAGAGGCAGUUUAAGGAAGCAGGAGGACUUUAUGGUUUCGCUUGAUACUCAUUCACAGCUGGCUUACUCUGCAAUGAAAAAGCUAGUCCGCGGUGCUCCAAUGGACAUCGAUCGAAGCUUGCUCAUGUUUUUUGGCAUUCCAUCCAAUUUUCGUCCAGCCAUAUCAUCUGCGGCUACAUGUCGUGCGCUUUAUGACAACACGAUGGAGCACGUUCUUUCAUUUCCCUCACCCCAAACCAUUGAAGCGCUAGCGCUGGACACCACGUUGAGCGAAAAAAAGUCUUGGUUUACGCCCAGCUGGCUGGAUACAAACAGUGAAGAGUUUCGCAUGUUGCAGAUCGCGGAAAGUGUCGAAGCUCAAGCGAUUGUUUCUCUGAAAAGAGCUGCUGGUGUGCCGAAGCCAUUCGACACAAGAGAAGACGACGUGAUGAAGCGCUGCGUCCAUGUGUGUCUUUUUCAAGAGCAAGAGAAAACUGCAAAUUCUCGAAAUCAGAAAUCAUCAAGACGUCAACAAAAUAGCAAACAAAAUUCUUGUGAUAAGAAGGUGACGGGUGCAGGUAUUGUGGUCGGAAAUGUGCACGAAAUCCCCGUCUAUUGGCAUCAAGGUGAAGAGGAUGUAUGGGAGUUUUCAAGGAAAUCUACGAAAGAGGAUAAAUACAAGUUUCUCGUGCGCACGAAUACAGUGAAUGACCACUUGUACUUGUUAGUGGAAUUUAUUAUUCACCUUAGGCUCAAUUCUGAUGAAAACCAGUCAAAAAACAAACGGUAUAAACAUUGGCAAGCAUGUAAAGACCAAAGAAGUGUUGGAGAUAUGAGGGUGGAGGAAGAAACUCGUGAAAUGGUGUGCUGUUGGUGCAAGAUUCCGGUUCGACAAUUGUUAGCAAAACGCUCGGAUAUAUUGCGUCAUAAGGAAAUAUUAUGGGGAGGUACUGCAAAUGCCCCGGUUGAUAUUGAGCAGGAUGAGCUUCUGCGUCGACGAACGGGGUGGCGAGCGCUCACUAAUAUGUUUACGAAGCCUUCCCCACCGAUUAUGGGUAUAAAAAGUGUGCCAAUUGAUCUUCUAUCUGACGAUCUGCAAAGUUUUGUACGGCAGAUGCCCCCGAUUGUGAUUGCACCAUUUGUGGCGCUCCCGAUUCUUGCCGAAUAUAUGAUUCUUGUGCGUAAAUCUCUCGCUUGUGUCGCUGGCUCUUCAUCAGUUGUUAUGUGCGAGCCUGCUCUCAAACUAUUACCAAAAAUCGUGGAUGACUACGCUGCGUUGUCAAUUUUCCGAAAGGCUUUUGACAUUGAAGUAGCCGGAAUAAAGUCUAGCGAGGAUCGUCGUUUGAAGUUUCAGCAGCUUGUGCUUCGCAUGUGGCCGUCAUUCGUGCACUGGCAAGAACAUAUCCCUCCUUCAAUCUUGUCAACUAAUGCAAAUCAGAGCCAGAACUCAACAAAUCUUGCUAAUCUUCCACCUAAUGAAAUCCUUACUGCUGCAAAUUCGGCUUCAAAUGAGGAGAAUCUUCAGAUAGACACUCAGAUGCGACUGAAAUUGUUGGAGACGACAGCAUCUGGCAAACUGCGAUUGCAAGAUAUUCACGUAGCCUCCACACCAUUUCACGUCCGCGAGGUAGCUUUUCGCCGCAUGUUGUAG